AUGAAAGAAAUCUCAAACAUCGAAGACAAUGUUGGAAUCGUUUUGCUGAAUCAGCAUGCAAUGAAUAUAACUUUGAAUUGGUUGUGUAACUUGAAAGCGUUUCAUGAUCCAACAAUUUUGGAGAACAUAGUGGUAUUUGCAAUGGACAACCAUUCUUAUCAAAUGCUCUCGAUGCUUUGGCCAUCUAUCCGAACAUUCAAAUUGGAGCUACCAUCAGUGUCGCAACCAUUCCGAGUCGGUCAUUGUCAAUACCAACUUUUUCAACUUCUCCGUGCCAACUUAGCCACAAUGCUCUCUAUGAUGAACAAAUCAUUCUGGAUGUUACAACCAGACACAUAUUGGCGUGAAAAUCUGUUUGACUUAUUUGAUGUGUCUGGGAACGAUGCAACAGAUGUAUAUCUGGAUGUUGAGGGAGAGUCCGUUCUCUCUUCCAGGAUGAUUGCCGGAGGGAAUUUUCAUGUCAGAGCAUCUACCGCAUCCACUUUAUUUUUCCAUCAACUGAGUACACAGAUUCGGGAAAGAUACACAACGGAUAACAAUGUGAUGGGAGCAUUAUGCGCUCAAGGAUUCGCUUCGGUUAAAUGUGAAUUCAUCCCAUAUCACACAAUUUCAAAUUGGCGAUGGAAAAACAAAAAUUUGAAGCCAGCGCUGAUGCAGUUCGAUAGCCUUAUUCUUCCUGGAACAAUGGGAAAAUUGGAGAGAAUGCAUCGGGCUGGCGCAAAAUUUGUCCAUCCAGACGGGUCUUGUCUUGUGCUAGAAUCAGCGAAUGUCUCCUCACUUGUCACAUUCGACGAGACGUUACCGCAUGUUCUUUUCCCGCCGUGUUUUCAUUUCUUCCACGUUGCACACGUCGAUAUGAUGCCAAAUUUCGUAUCCAUACUUUUGCUUACUUCUAUUCAGUUGGCAUUCGCUGCUGAAGAAUACAAAAGUCAGACAACUUACCCAGAAAGUGCACCGGCCACUACUCCGCAGCCUCCGCCGCCGCCACCACCUCCUAAGCCGGCUCCCUAUGUAGAGCAAUCAGCAGCACCACCUCCGCCAGCUCCCGCUCCAGCCCCAUACCCCCAACAAGCGCCUCCACCUCCUGCACCGUACCCUCAACAAGCAGUUCCAGCACCAGCACCAGCACCAUAUCCCCAACAAGCGCCUCCACCUCCCACACCAGCUCCAUAUCCUCAGCACGCCGUUCCUGCUCCUGCUCCAUAUCAACAACAGCCACCACCACCACCUUCUCCAGUUCACUAUCCUGCUCCACAACAACCCUAUCCUCAACAAGCUCCACCACCUCCACCAGCUCCUCAUCCAGCUCCUCAUCCUGCGUACAUCGAACAUUCUGCACCACGACCAGCCUAUCCUGAACAUGCACCACCGCCACAGUACCCGCAGCAACAUUCCUAUAAUGGAGGACCAAGGACAUACCAUGAAGAGCCACCACCAUACCCAGCUAAAUUCCAAUACGUUGACUACCCAGCAACCACUCGACGACCGUAUCCAUAUCCAAGUUUCGAAGUUUUACCUCAUCACGAGGAGUAUCAUCCAACACGACGACCAACAACUACUGAAAGACCAACAACUACUCACAAACCACGUCCAGGAUGGGGAGAUACUGAAUACAACUACCCAGAAAGAUCACUCCCUCUGAAAGGUUGUUUCUACAAUAACCACGGAUAUGCGUGCUGCAAUCUUCGUCUUCAAAACAAAAUGGAGGAGUUGGCUGAUGAACUAUUGAACAACGGAACAUUCCACAGAUGCAAUGUUCAAAAACUAGCAAAUGAUCUUCAGGACAAGGUCGAAACGGCUUUCAAAGAAGACUUUGAGACCGUUGUUGGUCUCUCCGACUUUGCCGAGAGAAUUCAUUUCCGUGAACAUUAUGUUUGCAAAAUUGAAGUGAAUGGAAGAUACAUGUUGGCAUGGGCUACUCCGGAUGAUCAUAGUGGUGCCAGAGCUAAACGAGGCGUUAAUGCAACAGCCGACGACAUCCAUGAAUACAAUUUCUAG